AUGAAAUUCGCAAUUGGAGACGACGUUGGCCAGGUCAAAGUAAUAACGACCACCCGCGGAAUCGACACCUCCGUCCAGACCUCCGCCAGAGCAAAGAUCGUCUCCUUCCUCGAGCCAAACCGCAAUGCCGCAAUCCAAGCAAUGCAGGUCCUGCGCUUCCGCGGCCGCGACGGUAUCAUCGCAGUAGCCUCAAAAGGCGGCCUAAUCCGCCUCCUCGACCCCACCGUCUUGCCGCUCGCCCCCGAGUCCGACCAGAUCCUACACACGCACCAGCUCCCCGGCGGCACCGACACCAACAUCAUUGGUCUCGGCCACACAUCCAGCGGGAUCCUCUACGCCGCGACAUCCACCGGCCACAUCGCCUUCCUCACGCAGUUUGCCGACGCCUCCAGCACCAUCGCCGUCGCCACCCACGACUUCCCCGGCGGCGGCAGCGACUUCUCCGCCGUCGGCGUGCACGCCGAGCAGCACGAUGGCGUCCCGAAAGCGGUGGCCCUCGGCGGGAAGGACCGUGAUGUUGAGAUCUGGGAGAGCUCUGUUGUGGAGGGGAAGGUGACGUGGAGGUCCGUAUGGAAGGCCAAGAACGUCAAGCCCACAAAACUCGGCCUCGAGGUCCCCGUGUGGGUCUCAAACAUCAUCUUCCUCCCCUGCUCCCCACCACCACCCCCUCCUCCAGCGGCAGCAGUACCAGGGAAGGGACGCCGCCACGCGCCGGCGCCGACAACAACAGGGGCCUACCGUCUCGCCGUGUCCACGCACCACUCGCACCUCCGCCUCUACGACACGACCGUCUCCCGCCGCCCCGUCUUCACCACGGCGCUCUCGCGCACACCAAUCCUAACGCUACACCUCCACCCGUCCACCCCCGCUGAUGCGGCCGCGCCGCUCACGUCGGGCAAGGAGGCGCCCGAGACCACGAACACGCUGCAGGAGCUGCACUUUGUGUACAGCGACAAGAACGGCGCUGCGGUGGGGGAGCUGGUGGCCGGCGUGGGGUUUGAUCGGUAUUUGUGGGUGUAUGAGGGCGCGGAGAGGGGGGUGGUGAGUAGGGUGUAUGUCAAGACGAAGGGCACGGCGGUGGUUGUGCUGGAUGGGGAGGAUGAGGUUGUGGUGGUGGAGGGGAAGAAGAAGGAUGAGGAGGCGGAGGUGUGGGAUGAGUUGGAGGAGGUCGGGGAUGGGGAGCUCGGCGGGGGGAGGAAGAUGGGGGAGGGCGAUUAUACGGAGGCUUUGGUCACGAUCAAGAGGAAGAAGAUGUCGAGACCCCGCGCCCCCGGAGGGGAUAAGAAGAGGAGGAUCGUGUAG